AUGAGGAAAUCGUUGCAAACCUCAUCUCCAAUCCCGCUCGCAUGUCGUGCUUGUCGGAAAAAGCAUUUGAAGUGUGACGGCUUACACCCGGUGUGUAGCCGGUGUCGUAAAACACGCUCGUUUUGCGAGUACACUCCUUCUCGCCGGGGCUACAGGUCCACCCCGAAGCCAACUAUUGGGGAGAGGACCUCUUCUACGAGCUCUCCACGUAGCUCUGGCGCCCAGUCUUACAGCAGUCAAACUCAAACAUCACAAUCGGCGAAUAGCUUCGAUUUCAACAAUGUCGUGCAGACUCCUGAAUGGGCAGCUCAGGACAAUUCGAUCGACCCGGGCAAUUUAUCCACAGUAUCAUCGGAUCAGUCACCACUAGCAGUUUUAGAUCAAGGGAUUUUACGUCGCAACAACCUCCUUUCGGAUGACUAUCCAUCCUCCGAUGAGAGCGAUGCAUACCUUGUUGAUUUUUAUUACGCCUUUUUCCACGACUCUCAUCCCAUACUGCCUCCUGCCCACCUACUACAUUUCAUUUCUCCUUUUCCAUAUUGUUUGAAAGCGGUAAUGAAAUUUGUUGGCGCGCAUUUUGCUUUUGAAGUGUCUACUGAUGCAUACAAAUUGGCUGCUGCGAAAGCCCUUGAAAGUGAUCCGGAAUGGUCCUACCAGAGAGUUCAAGCUCUCCUUAUCUUCGCAACGGUACUCCAUGCGCGAAAUGACCGCGAAGAGGCAAUUUCCUCAUUCUCUAUUGCGGUAACAUUAGCCAUUGAACUGGGUAUGCACAGGAAAUCAUUCGUGGAGACACUUGCAGGCCAUAAUUUUGUCCGUGAAGAGAGUCUCCGACGAACGUGGUGGGAACUUUACAUGACAGAUGUCAUGUUCGGUGCUUUUGACCACUGUACCAUGAAAAUCGGAAAUUUGACAAUGGAUGUUCGACUUCCCAGCGAAGAUGUUAGCUACUCAACGGGCAUCUCUCUCGUUGACCCACCAUCGGUAACCCAAUUCUACAACCGUAUCUUCGCCGAAGACCAACCCAAAUACUCAUCCUUCUGCUACGCUGUUGAAGCAACUCACCUGUUGAGGAGGGGAGUAGUUCUGGGUGCCACACUCGAAGACAACGUGCGGGACCAAGUAGAGUCUCUCGAGGCCAACAUUGGCAGCUGGUUCCGCCAUACCCCAGAAGACAGACCCAAUGCCCUAUGCAUUGACGGGACUGUGGACCAGGUGCUGUUCCGCGCUUACAUGCUCGUCCACUGUGCCUCCAUAUAUGUCCAUCUCCCAAGGUCUUGUCUGAUGGCCUCACCAACCGCCAAUGCCAGUAUCGCCUGUGCCCGUCGGGGAACGUAUCUCCCACCAACGUCACACACGCUCACACACGCCGCCAAAGCGCUCGAGGCCGCGAAUGGGAUGGUUGCACUGGGCUCCAUCCGUUCCCCUCUCCUUAGACAUACUCCUUUUUUUAUCUGCGGCCUUGUCCUUGGCGCGGUCGUUGAAUUGUGCGCCUGCUCCGUCAAUGUCGGGACGACCAUCGAACCGCGUCGGGACCGCAUUGCGCUGAUUGUCGGGGAACUCAAGGCGCUGGAUCGCACGUGGGCGCUGGCGCAUCAGGUUAUGUGGCAUAUCAAGAUGUUGGCGAGGGAGGUUUUGGAGAUCUGUGUGCUGCCGGCUGCAGAGGACUUGGCCGACCCAGGCCCGGAUGUUAACUCGCUACUCAGCAGUGAUAUGUGGCUGGGUGAUAUUAGGAUGGACCCUAUGUAG